AUGUCUUAUGAUGUGCAGGAACAGCAUGUCUCCCAUCUGGGGGAGGGCCUCACGGCUAUCCGCCAGGUUGACGAGCUGCAUGCCCCCGGCGCGACCGCUGCGAUCACCGCGCUCAACCUGCAUGGCAACAACGUCGCCCGCAUCGAGGGCCUGUCGCACCUCACGCGCCUGGUCCGCCUCAACCUGUCGUCCAAUUCGAUCGCGGCCAUCGAAAACCUGUCUGGCCUUGCAGCACUGACCAGCCUCAACCUGGCUAGCAACCGGCUGCGCGCCGUGCGCGGGCUCAGCGGGCUCACCGCGCUGGCAGACCUCAACCUUUCAUACAACCACAUAUCCUCCCUCGACGGCCUUUCGGAGCUGCACGGCCCCACGGGCCGUUUGCAACGCCUGGCGCUGCAGCACAACGCGCUCGCGUCGCUGCAUGCGCUCGCGCCGCUCGCGGGUUGCCUCGCGCUGCGCAGCCUGCGCGUCGGCGGCAACCCUGCGACCGUGAGCCCGGCGGCGUACGCGGCGCUGCGGCAGGUGCUGCCGCAAGUGCAGCAGCUGGACGAGGCGGAGGCAGUCAGCGUCGAAGCGGGCUGGCAGCUGGCCCACGCGCAGCUGCAGGCGUUUGCGGGCGGAGGCAGCAGCGGUGGCGGCUUUGAGGAGGGACCCUUGGGGGCCGCUGAAUUGCAGCACGGCGGCUGGGGCGGCGGCGGCGGAGGAACCGUGGACUGGGCCCCAGCAGUGGAGCGGCUCAGGACAGAAGCAGAAGAGCUGCGGGGACAGCUGGCCAGGGUGGCAGACGAGCUGGAGGCCAGCCGUGCCGCUCAGGCGCAGCUGCGCCAGCAGACGCACGAUGCGGUCCGCGCCGCAGAGGCGGAGGGGCGCCGCAGAGUGGAGGAGAGCUACGAGGAGGCUUCCUUCGCGGUGCAGCGCGCCCUGGAGCGUGUCGAGGCGGCGGCCGCGGAGGCUGCGGAGGCGCAGGCGCGGGCCAAGGCGCUGGAGGGCGCGCAGGCGGAGAGCAGGGCGGAGCUGCGCGCGGCGCGGGAGGAGGCGGGCAGGCUUCGGGCCGAGGUCUCUCAGCUGGCGUCCCGGCUGGACGCGCAGCAGGCGGCUGCGGCGCGCGCGGCCGCGGAGGUGUGCGAGCAGCACAAGGCGGAGGAGCGGGCGCUGCAGCAGCGGCUGCAGGAGGCGGCGGCGGAGCUGGCGGUCGCGCAGGCCGCCGCGCGGGCCUCCGAGCAGCAGGUGUCAGCGCUCGAGGCGGCGCUGCAGCGCAGCGGCGCGGCGGCGGCGGCCAUGAGCGAGCAGGUGGCGCAGGCGAUGGGGGACGCGGGCGGCCAGGUGGAGGCUAUGAAGGCCAAGCUCGCAGCAGCAGAGGCGCGGCUGUCCGAGGCGCAGGCAGCGGAGGCCGCGGCGCACGCCGACGCGCGGGAGGCGCGUGAUGCGCUCGCGGCCGAGCGGCAGCGGCACGGCGCUGAGCUGGCGGAGGUGCGGCAGCAGCGUGAGGCGGUGGAGGCCGGCGCACGGGUGGCGGCGGCGAGCGCCGCGGCUGCGGCGGAAGCGGCAGCGGCUGCAGCGGCGCGGGAGCAGGCAACGUCUCAAGAGCAGGAGAGCGAGGCUGAGAGCCUCGAGCUCACGCGCCAGCUGGCAGCCACCGCCGCCGAGGCGGGCGCGCUGCGCGAGUCGCUGCGCGCGGAGGAGCAGCGGGCGGCGGAGCGGGGGCAGCUGGUGUCGGAGCUGUCGGGCACGGUGCAGGAGCAAAAGGGGCGGCUGCAGGUCGUGCAGCGCGACUGCCAGGACCUGCGCCGCCAGCUGGCGCGCUGCACGCCCUCAGAGUUCGACCGCCUCCACUCCGAGCUGGUCGCCGCGCAGCGCGCCGCCGCGGGCGCGCCGGUGCUGCAGGAGCAGCUGGAGCGGCAGAGGGCGGCGUGGCAGGCAGCAGAAGAGCGGCUGGCCAAGCUGCAGGCGAGGGCCGCCCACGCGCAGCUGCAAGAGGAGGCCGUGGCCAAGGCGGCCGCUUUCGACGGGCAGCUCAAGGCGGCGCGCGGGGACGCGGCGCGGCUGCAGGCUGAGGUGGCGUCUCUGGCGGAACAGCUUGAGGCGGCGCGCGACGCAGUCAAGGUCAAGGCUGCCAUGGUGGACAGUGCACACCAGAGCGUGACGGCCCUCAAGGCUGAGCUGCAGGAGCUGGCGGCGGAGGCCGACGACGCGCGCGCGGCGGCAGACCAGGCGGAGCGCCGGCUCCACAAGACCCAGGAGGCUGCAGCCGAUGAGGAGACUGCGCUGCGCGCCGAGCUCACCGCAGGACGCUCUGCGCUGGAAAAGGCAGAGGCUGCACUGGCCGCGGCGCGCGAGGCGCUCCGUGAGGAGCAGGCGCGGGCGCGGGCCGCGCAGGAGGCGGUGGCUGAGAAGGAUGCCAUGAUCACGUGGGUUGGCAGCAUCGGCGGCGCGGCUGGGUUUGUGGAGCAGGAGGUGUCGCGCGUCAAGGUGAUGUUUGAGUCAAAAGAGGGCCGCCUGCGGUCGGAGCGCGACGCGGCGCGGCGGCAGCUCGAGGAGGCGGAGGCGGCGCGGGAGGCGCUGGGCGCGCAGGUCUCUGAGCUCCGCGCCCGCCUCGACGCAGCAGCCGCAGACGCCGAGCGCCAGCGCCGCGCCGCUGCCCAGGCCACCGCCGCGCAGGCUGCCGCCGAGGCCGCGGCGGCCGCCGCGCAGGAGAGCGCCGAGCGCGCGGAUGCGCGAGUGGCGGAGGUGGAGCGAGAAAUGGCCGGGCUGCUGGCGGCGGUCGAGGCCCAAAAGGCCGCGUCCAGCGCCAAGAUGCGGCAGCUGGCUUCGCUACUGCAUGAGAUGUGA